GCGGCUCGGAGCCAGGGCCGGGGCCUCGCGGCGGCCGGCGGCGGCGUCCGGGCCCGAGAUGGUGAUCUGCUGUGCGGCCGUGAACUGCUCCAAUCGCCAGGGCAAAGGGGAGAAGCGCGCCGUCUCCUUCCACAGGUUCCCCCUGAAAGACUCGAAGCGUCUGCUGCAGUGGUUAAAAGCCGUUCAGAGGGACAACUGGACCCCAACCAAGUACUCUUUCCUAUGCAGUGAGCAUUUCACCAAAGACAGCUUCUCAAAAAGGCUGGAGGACCAGCACCGACUCCUCAAGCCCACUGCUGUACCCUCCAUCUUCCACCUGGCUGAGAAGAAGAGGGGGGCCAGGGGCCAUGGCAGCACCCGGAGGAAGGAGAGCAGCAAGGCCCCGGGGGCCAUGAGAGGGCGCACAGGUGAGGUGGAUGGUCAGGGAGCCGCAGGGUCCUCGUCAUCCUUGCACCCAAACCCAGUGGCCAAGCUGGAGCCCAAGAAGCUGAAGCGGGCGGCCGGGCGGGAUGCCACCACGUCCAGAUCUGACCAUGAGACCCUCAGUCCAGCCCAGGCACAGCCAUCCUCAGAGAGAACUUCAGAAGACACCGUGGCCACCACCGAGGCAGGCAGCCAGGGAGAAGCAGAGACGUCAGCCGCAGAUGCUGGUGAUGAGAACUCGGGCCCCGCCGAUAGCGCCGCGGAUAGGAGCGGCAUCUCCAUGGACGACUUCACCCCCCCGGGGUCUGGGGCGUGCAGGUUUAUAGGCUCACUCCACUCGUACAGCUUCUCCUCUAAGCACACUCGAGAGCGGCCCCCUGCCCCAAGGGAGCAGGUUGACCGGAAGAGGCUGAAGAGGGACGUCGAGCCAAGCUGCAGUGGCAGCAGCCUGGGGCCUGACAAGGGCUUGGCCCACAGCCUCCCAAGCUCGUCGCUCACGGCCACGCCCCAGAAGCCCUCCCAGAGCUCCUCAGCCUCACCAGCUGACGUCACCCCGCAGCCAGCCGCGGAAGCCGUGCAGAGCGAGCAUGUGGACGCCAGCCCCAUGUCCAUCAACGAGGUCAUCCUCUCGGCCUCCGGGGCCUGCAGGCUCAUCGACUCACUGCAUUCCUACUGCUUCUCUUCACGGCAGAGCAAGAGUCAGGUGUGCUGUUUGCGUGAGCAGGUGGAGAAGAAGAAUGGGGAGCUCAAGAGCCUGCGGCAGAGGGUCAGCCGCUCUGACAGCCAGGUGCGGAAGCUGCGGGAGAAGCUGGACGAGCUGCAGCGGGCGAGUUCCCCCUACCUGAACGGCCUCCUGCCCCCCAUCUGCGAGCCCCCCACAAUGAACCCAGUGGUGGAGCCACUGUCCUGGAUGCUGGGUACCUGGCUGUCAGACCCACCCGGAGCCGGCACCUUCCCAACGCUGCAGCCCUUCCAGUACCUGGAGGAGGUACACAUCUCCCACGUGGGCCAGCCCAUGCUGAACUUCUCGUUCAACGCCUUCCACCCGGACACCAGGAAGCCAAUGCACCGAGAGUGUGGCUUCAUCCGCCUGCAGCCUGACACCAACAAGGUGGCCUUCGUCAGCGCCCAGAACACAGGCAUCGUGGAAGUGGAGGAGGGCGAGGUGAAUGGGCAGGAGCUGUCCAUCGCCUCCCACUCCAUCGCCAGGAUCUCCUUCGCCAAGGAGCCCCACGUGGAGCAGAUUACCCGAAAAUUCAGGCUGAAUUCUGAAGGCAAACUUGAACAGACAGUCUCCAUGGCAACCACUACUCAGCCGAUGACUCAGCAUCUUCACAUCACCUACAGGAAGGUGACACCGUGAACCAGCGAGCCUCGUCCUUGUCCUCAAGGGCGGGGCCUCCAGGGACGUCCAGCUGCUUGUACGUCGACGGUGUGGCUUGGCCGCAUCCCUGGAGCAGAGCGGCCUGGCCCGCGGGUGCGGCGGGCAGGAGAGUGUCGUUCAGAUGUCCCCGUAAUGGAGUAGAAAAACCAAAUAAAAGGCCUUUAUUUUUGUGGCUGAGGAUUUUGCAUAUUAUCGCUGUGUAGACUGUAUGUUUUUCAUCUGCUGAUAAUGGUUUUCCAGAGUCUUUACCCUAAGAAUGAAGAAGGGAUGGCUCUUUCCUUCUUUUUUUCCUGCAGUUUUGACAAGAGCUAAGAUACUUAUAAAUUUUCAAUAGUCAACAAUAAUUGAAGGUAAAGAUGGGAAAAUGAAUUGCAGUAUAUUUUUGUUACUUUUACAAAGAGAUAAAGGAGGCCAGGGACCCAUCCACUGAGGCCAAAGGGCGCUUAUUCCCAACACGAGAGACUGGUUGUUAAUUUAGUAUCAUUAUAUGAAGUUUAUUUUAUUAUUCUGUAAUAUAAUAUUACUUGUUUUGUUUACCAUGAAGUUUCCAAACACAGUAAUCCCCGGCAACCCAGCUUCAAUUGCUGAAUUCAUCUGUGUGUGUGUGUGCGCGCGCGCGAGCGUGUGAGCGCGCACGCUAAAGAGUUUUUAAGCAAGUUCCAGACAUAAUGGCAUUUACCCUUAAAUACUUUGGUGGUCAUCUAAAAUCAAAACGAUACACUUUUCUUUUUAACACGCAGUACACGAGACCUGGCCCACAGGUAUAAGCGGGAAGUGUCAAAAGGGGGUGGUGCUCUGGCCCCCACAAUGAAUGCUUCGGUAGCCACCCUGCUCCGGGCCAGGGACAGGCCUCGCCACGUGGUGGUGCCGGGACCUGAGGGCUCAGAGGAUGGCCCAGGGCUGCUACUCAGCCUUCUGAUGUAGUGGGGGGCAUGGCCAGCACUUGGAGACCAAGGGGCAGCGAGGGCUGGAGUUGCCCCAAAGGAGCCUGGCGCUGCAGGAAUGAGUGAUUUGAGAGAACCUGAAGGCACCAAGUUUCCCUCCCUACCCCACCCCCCAGCCAGCAUCCCAGGCUCCUACCCACUGCUGGCUAGAAGGGAGUCUGAGGGGCCGCACCCAGAGCAGGGCCAGAGCGUAUGAAGCCUAGAGUCAAGUGUGCCAUCCUAAUGACAACGAGAAGUCUAGAGUGUUGCCUGAUACAGUCCUUGUUCUGACCGCCGCCCCUGGUGGUCUGAGAGGUGUAUCGUGGGCUUGUUUAAGGCCAGGCCCCGCACCCUCAGUCUAGACUGUCCUGGGUUCUCCCCAACAUGGGCUUAGCCAGCACCCCUUGCCCUGGAGCCGUUUCCCUGUCUCACUGGUCCCUCUGUCCCCUGUGUCCCGUGGGCUGGCGUGAGGCACACUGGAGGCUCAUUGUGGCAGUGCCACAAUCAGGAGACUCGGGAGUCACUGCUGGGGACCACCUGGUCCCUCGCACCCAGUGUGGCCAUCCAUGGGUGGCCACCGCCCAAAGCCUUAGGCCUGCGUCCAUGGUCAGAGCCCUCUACAGAACUUCCCUUCACCCACUCAGCUCCAUGUGGUGACCCGGAAAGACUUUCACCCGGAAGGCAGCACGGGUGCCUGUUCUUCUGUCCGUGAUCAAUGUUUAGGGUAAGCACCCAGCAGCCUCAGGGGUGUCUAGUGGUCAUGAUGUCUCCCACCUGUCUCCCUGCCCCCACUCCGCCAUCAUAUGAGCUCAGGACUUGGUAUAGUCAGUGAUUUUAAUCAAGUGCAGUCUUUUUCUCUGGGGGGUGGGUGGGUGCUCACAUUGUCCAGCGUUUGGCCAGGAAGAGCCCUGCAGGCCCACGAGCCCCUGAAGCAGCCUGGCUCCUGUUGCCAUGACAGUCCCACGCCCUUCCCAAAAGCUGCCUCCCCGGGACCUGGGGCCCCACCUCUCCAGAGGCUGGCAUUCUGCAGGGGUGGGCAUUAGAGACCACGGAUGGGCACAGGGUGCUGAUCUCAGGCAGGCUGGUCCUGCUUCCAGGGUUUUCCACAAACAGCUAGGAAACCCGUCUGUGAGUCAUUUACUUACUUACGUAUUUAUUUGUUUUCACUGAACUAUGCGAGAGGAACCCGCAGAAGCUUUGACCCUGUGGGAAAUGCACAGCUUUAAAGAAAAAAAUGAGUUCACAUUGAUGUUUCCAAUUCAGAUUUUAAGAUUACAGAAUUUUUUACUCAGAUUCUUUGAUGUCAUCUUCUUUUAAGCUAAAAAUGUGGGUUCUUUAUACCAUUCACGUUAUUUGCUUUAUCCUAUAGGAACCGUUUCGAGAUGCUGCUGCUGCUGCUCACAGUAGGACUACCGAACGCAGUUUGUUUUCUGCUGUUCUUUUUAUGUCGCUGUUGUUGUGACACCGAGUCUGUUCCGACUCCCAGCAGCCCUGUGUGACAGGGUAGAGCUGCUCCAUAGGGUGUUCCUGGCUGUGAUCUUUACAGAAGCAGAUCUUUUCUCCCACAGAGCUGCUGGGUGGAUUCAAACCACUAACCUUUUGGUAAGUAGCCGAGCACUUAGCCGUACUCACCCGUUAAAAGAUGUACCAUACUGUUCUAUGGAGCCCUGGUAGUGCAGCGGUUAAGAGUUUGGCUGUUAACCAAAAGGUCAGCAGUUCAAAUUCCACCAGCCACUCCUUGGAAACACCCUGGGGUAGUCCUACUCUGCCUUACAGGGUCGCUAUGAGUCAGAAUCAACUUGACAGCUACGGGGAUACUAUACUGUAUUACCAUUAGAAUAAUUGUUUUUGUUGGGUGGUUAUGGCACAAUUUGAUAAACAGGUUCAUUUGUUUCUGUUUAAUUCAGAGAUGGUCUUUUUGUUGAAGUUAUUUUUGAUUGUGUAAAGCACUCGACAUGAUUUUAUCAUCACAACCACAGAAUAGGCACUCAGCUUUCUCGCUCCGUGGACCAGGAAGCCCACUGUGCUGUCUCCUGUCAGUCUCUCCUGCCACCGUUUCUCUGCCACCAUGUCUCGCUGUCUUGGGUGUUACAGUGCUGUCUCCUGGGCCCAAGAGCUUCUCAGCACAGGAAUCCAGUGUCCAGAGGACACACUCUCCACUCCUGGCUGUUGUUCCUUUGCGAUGGUGGGAUCCUUUCUUUCCUGUCUCUGGGAUGGCUCAUGUCAAGCGCAGCAGGGUGGCGAAACUGAUCAAUCCGGUUGGUGGGUCACAAUAACCCUAUUUGCACAGUCCUACCCCAUUACUUGGGCAGGAGCCACAAGACCAUGGCGAGGAAGGCCACACAAAAGCGAUCCAUCACACUGGCACUUACAUUGGAAGAAGAUGCCACCUAGGACUUUAUAACUAGAGAAGAGCAGUCAAUGCCUGGCUUCAAAGGACAGAAGGACUCUCUCGUUAGGGGCUAAUGCAACUGGUGACUUUAAGUGGAAGCCAACGCUCAUUUACCAUUCUGAAAACCCUAGGGCCCUUGAGAAUUAUGCUAAAUCUAAUGCCUGUGCUCUAUAAACGGAACAACAAAGCCUGCAUGAGAGCACAUCUGUUUACAACAUGGUUUACUGAAUAUUUUAAGCCUACUGUUGAGACCUACUGCUCAGAAAAAAAGAUUCCUUUCAAAAUGACUGCUCAUUGACAAUGCACUUAGUCACCCAAGUGCUCUGAUGAAGAUGUACAAGGAGAUUGAUGUUGUUUCCAUGCUUGGUAACACAGCAUCCAUUCUGCAGCCCAUGGAUCAAGUCUUAUUAUUUAAGAAAUACAUUUCGUAAGGCUAUAGCUGCCAUGGAUAGUGAUUCCUCUGAUGGAGCUGGGCAAAGUAAAUUGAAAACCUUCUGGAAAGGAUUCAGCAUUCUAGAUGCCAUUAAGAAUACUCAUGACCCAUGAGAGGAGGUCAAAAUAUCAACAUUAAAAGGAGUUUGGAAGUUAAUUCCAACCAUCAUGGAUGACUUUGCAGAGUUCAAGACUUAAGUGGAGGAAGUAACUGCAGGUGUGGUGGAAACAGCAAGAGAACCAGAAUUAGAAGUGGAGCCUGAAGACGUGACUGAAUUGCUGCAAUCUCACAAUGAAACUUGAACAGAAGAGGAGUUGUCUCUGGGGAUGAGCAAAGAAACUGGUUUCCUGGGAUGGAAUCUACUCCUGACGAAGAUGCUGUGAACACUGCUGAAGUGACAGCAAAGGAUUUAGAAUAUCACGUAAGCUUAGCUGAUAAAGCAGUGGCGGGGUUUGAGAGGACGGACCCCGAUUGUGAAAGAAGUUCUGCUGUGGGUAAAACGCUGUCACACGGCACCUCAGGCUACAGAGAAAUCUUUCGUGAAAAGAGUCAGUCGAUGCAGCAAACUUCGCUGUUGUCUUAUUCUAAGAAAUUGCCACCCCAACCUUCAGCAGCCCACAUGGAGGCAAGAUCUUCCACCAGCAAAAAGAUAUGACUCGUUGAUGGUUCGAUAAUGGUUAGC